AUGGCUUUCGCAUCCACUACCCCAAUGAGACCCAUUUCCUACGAGUGGUCGUCGCUCCCUGUAGAGCUUCGACUACAGAUCUUCGGGUAUGUGGCCGAAAAGCAGAAGUAUCGUGCUACAGACUUGAAUCGUUAUGCCUGCGUCUCUUCUGAAUGGCAAAAUUACUUCGAAAGGAUCACAUUUCGACGCCUUCUGAUCGACAACUCCCAACUGGACCGGCUCUCCAAGGCGACUGAGGGCGAGAAGGCCGUGAGAUUGUCGUAUAUACGCUAUCUAUGUUUAAGAGUCGAGCUCCAGGACUAUGAUUAUCGGGAAUGCGAUAGGCCAGAGUCUCAUGACACCAGGAAUUGGAAUAACGAGAGAUUUACCAAUUCGCUCAUUGAAUUGUUCAAUGUGCCCCGCCGUUGGGAGCCUUCAAAUAAUCGGGACACCGGAUUGAUACUCGAGAUCACUGCUUACUCACCAGGCGACAAUAAGCGUUUUGAAGUAGCAUCAAUGGAAUAUGCUCUGCAUGAAAACUUCCAAUUAGAAGAGGAUGUCACAAGUCCAUCAAGCGUUCGGGGUUUCAGAGAUGUCAAAAAGGCUAGAGAUCGGCGUGAACCUGGAAAGAAUUGGCAUAGGCAGACGAAUGAGCAAAGCUGGCAGAGACUACAAGGCACGCCGCUUGAACUGAGCACAAAGGAAAACCUGAAGGAAGUCCCGAUAGUCCACACCCUUUGGAUACGCCAUCAAUUUUCAAGAGGGAUAAGGAGUUUAAGCUUGAUACGGAUCUUGGAUAUGGCUCUGACGAACGUCGCUUCCUUCCGGCUCGAAGCUGUACCAGGUCGAUGGAAUAGAAGGGGUUAUUUCCAGGCCUGGAACAAUCUGAUUCUUCAGCUUCCAAGUCAUAUUCGUCGAUUUUCUUUCAACGUCUUUCCAAGAUCGCCAGUUUCGUCGGAGGCUCUACUCAAAAGCGUAACGCCUGGACUACCGGAAGCUUUAGCAGAGAAGGCUCGCCAACUAGUUUCACUCUGUCCACCAGCUUGUGCGAAGUCACUGAAUUUCAUGCAAUGUCUUAGAGAGUCGCAGCAAUUGGAACACGGUUCAAGACUGGCGCAGUUAUGUCUUGAAGUUACAGAUGAAACUUUGGGAAAAUGGGGAAAUGCUUCCUUAUUCCAGGGUCUGAUAGAUCAUCUUUUGAGAGAAUCUGCAGUUACAGCUCAGCACUUGCCAAAACUCCAGAUUCUGGAAAUAUGGUUUCACAAGGAUGUGAAUGGGUUCGUUUUCAGGUAUGAGCUUGAGAAAGACCAAGUUACCAUCACAUGGAGAGUAACUGAAGACUGGAUCAACUUGGCAGAUGGAGCUUUACAGCAGUGGAGAAGAGUAGCUCAAAAGUAUAACGUGGCCUUCACAGUAAAGGAGCAGCCGUUUCUGGCAGAGCAGCUGGAUUUUUAUAUCGCAACUCUCAAGAUCCCUAUUGACAGGAGGACCGUCUAUCUUUCCCUGAAGCUGCGCGAUCUGGCGAUUGAUCCAGUCACUUUGGCCUGCGUUUGA